AUGGUUUUGAAUUUGACCCAAGUGGCACCGCACGAAGCCGAAAAGCAAAUCGAAGUAUCUCUGAAACAAUCCCUUGAAUCUCUGGAACCUUCCUUGAGACCACCCUUCACAUUAACCAUUCCAAAACCUGAUGAAUACGCUCAACUCAACUGUGCAAUCCUUCACGGCAUCCUCACCGAACCCCAAUUUGCCAAAACCCACAUUAAACACCUGCACGCUCUCGUCACCGACGGUUAUGCCAUCUUCCUCAACUUGCUCCUCAAAAGUGUUUACCACCUCUACCCAAAGCUCCUUAGUUCGGUGAAAAACCAGUUGCUUUGGGUCACCAAUGAAAUGGUUCAUGUCUCCGCAAUUGGCUACGACGCCCUCUUGGUCUCCCUUUUGAGGCAAAUCGUUGGCGGUGAUUUCAGCGACGACAAUUUGUGGCUUUGUACGAAGUUGGUGACUCUCUUAUUGAAUAAAUGGGAUUGUUUCUUGGAAGAAGCGCCCCACAUUUUGUGCAGUGCUUUGUAUGUGUUUCUUCGAGUUUUGGCUGAUCAUUAUAGGCUCAAUGGUGAAAAGUUGGAGUCUUUGAAGCGGUUGGAGGUUCAUUUGUGUGUAAAAAUGGUGAAGGACGAAUUUCACCUAAUUUUAAAAAUUGGGAGGGAUUUUGUUCGAUUGUUGCAGGAUUUGGUUCAUGUUCCUGAGUUUAAGUCUAUAUGGAAGGAUCUAAUUUUGAAUCCAUCUAAGUUUAGUACUUUAGGAUUUGGUGGUGUUUCUCAGAUUUAUUGCACUAGGACUUCGAGUAGGUAUGCUUUGCUUAGGAUCACUCCUGAAAUGGAAACUCAAUUGCGGUUUUUGCUUACCCAUGUGAAGUUGGGGCAUGAAAAGAGGCAUUUGACAUGGUUUGCUAGGAAAUUUCUAAAUGAGCCUGAUAAAGAGACUGUUAUAGUUGAUAUAGUUAGAUUUAUAUGUUGUGCACACCAUCCUCCAAAUGAGAUUAUUCAGUCUGAUGUGAUUCCGAGAUGGGCUGUUAUUGGUUGGCUUUUGACAACUUGUAGGAGGAAGAAUUAUAUUGAGGCCAAUGUGAAACUGGCUUUGUUUUAUGAUUGGCUCUUUUUUGAUGAAAGGGUGGACAAUAUCAUGAACAUAGAGCCUGCUAUUUUGUUGAUGGUACAUUCUAUUCCCCAAUAUGUGGACAUGACCAACACUCUUCUUGAGUUUUUGUUACUUCUUGUCGACAACUAUGAUAUGGAACAUAAGGAUAUCAUUGUUAAAAGUGUCUCAUCGGCCUUUCGAUUUCUUGAAAGCAAAGGUGUGAUUAAGUCGCUUGAUGUUUUGACUUCUUGUCCUACAAUAUCCCCUUCUCUAAAAGAGGGAUUGAGUAGACUGUUAUCAUGUGGAAAGCGUGAAAGUUCUAAAGGAUUUCUGUCAGUACCGAGUCAAUCAGGGCAACAAAUGGUGUAA